AUGGCCAAAUUCAAUCUGCUCCUGGUAGCUAGUUGGGCCGCAAAGCUUGCAGCGGCGAAAGAUGUUUACCUCGACUGGAACGUCACUUGGGUUAAUGCUUCCCCUGAUGGGUUUGAGCGUCCGGUGAUUGGUAUCAAUGGUGAAUGGCCAUGCCCUCAAAUCGAUGUGGACGUGGGAGAUCGUCUGAUUGUAGACGUUUACAAUGGCUUGGGUAAUGAGUCUACUGGUGUUCACUGGCAUGGUAUGCAUCAAAACGGUACUGGAGUGAUGGAUGGUUCAACCGGUGUCACCCAGUGCCCAAUUGCUCCAGGUCAACAUAUGCAGUACAAUUUCCAAAUCAACCAAACUGGAACGUACUGGUAUCACUCACACACUAUGGGACAAUACCCAGAUGGGUUCCGCGGUCCAUUGAUUGUACAUGAUCCUAACCCUCCAUUUGAAUAUGACGAUGAGUUCACAAUCACGCUCAGUGAUUGGUACCACGACCAGAUGCCGGAUCUGCUUGCACAGUACCAGUCACAAGAAGACCAGGAAGCCUUCGGUGGACGUGAGCCGGUUCCGAACUCAGCGCUGAUUAACGAUUCAACCGACACUAAGAUCAAGGUUGAGCCGAAUAAGACGUACUUGGUUCACAUCAUUUGUGUUGGUAAUUGGCCUGGUCACACAUGGACUUUCGAUGGCCAUGAGAUGACUGUUGUCGAAGUGGAUGGUAUUUAUACUGAGCCCUAUCCUGUCGGUGACAAGUUGCUGCGUAUUGCAACCGGGCAGCGUACCAGUGUUCUUAUCCAUACCAAGCCUGAUGCCAGCCAGAACUUCGCGAUCUGGGAUACAAUGGAUAUCAACAUGAUGUUCGUCUACGAGAACCGUUCAAUUCCUGCGGGCUACAACCCUAAUGCGACUGCUUGGCUGGUAUACGAUGAGACAAAGCCCUUGCCACCGCCUCCCGUUCUCUACGAGUUUGACUUCGUGGAUGAUGUUGAUUUUGUUCCUGCCGACCACCAGCCUUUGCUUGAACCUGUCAACCACCAGAUUAUCCUCGAUACUGGAUCCGCUGUAAUCAAUGGAGUGCCCCGAUUCACUAUCAACAACAACACCUACAUUCCUCAAGAUGUGCCAACUCUUUAUACCGCCAAUACUGUUGGCUCGGAGUUUGCAUCCAACCCGGCUGUAUAUGGUGAUGUAAAUCCUUUCAUCUUGAAGCAUGGUGAAGUUGUUGAAAUUGUUAUCAACAACCACCACGACGAUUUACACCCAUGGCAUCUUCACGGACACGAAUUCCAGGUUCUUCAAAGAUCACAGCUCGGCGGAGGCUACUUCACCGGUCAGUAUUACAAGAAUGUCUCAUCGACUCCUAUCCGCCGUGAUACAAUCAUGGUCCAGAAUCACGGACAUGUGGUUAUCCGCUUCCGUGCCGAUAACCCUGGUGUGUGGCUGCUGCACUGUCACAUCGAGUGGCACGUGGAGGCAGGCUUGACCGCGACUAUUAUCGAAGCACCUGAGACAUUCCCUCAGUCGGAGAGUCCUCCUCCUAAGAGUCACUACGACGUCUGCAAUGCGUAUCCCAACCCGACCCAUGGUAAUGCCGCUGGCAAGAAGGGAUUGGACUUGACAGGUGCAAACGAUCAGGUCCCGACCGAGGAUCACGGUGCUCUUUAUCCUGAGGUUGGAGAGCCUGCACCCUCUACGCAACCGGCAGCUCCCAGGCCAACCAGUUCCAAGCUUCCAGCGCCCGAACAGCAAACUGCCCCACCACCACCACCUGCUGCUAAGCCUACGCAUACAGAGACUCCUGUUCCAGAGGCACCCCCGGCUCCUGAGGAGACACCAGCUCCCAAGCCUACUCAUCCUCAUGGCCCACUGCCAAAACAGCCAGCUCCCCAGGCUCCAGCACCUCAGGAACCAGCUGCGCCGCACGAUCCUGCACCUCAAGCUCCUCCACCCCAAGCUCCGGCUCCUCAGGCUCCAGCUCCUCAGGAACCUGCUCCACAAGCCCCAGCCCCAUCUCUACAAGUUACUCCCGAGUAUCCUGCACCGGAAACUCCUCCUCAGGCAAUUCCUGAGUACCCUGUUCCCGAGCCUGUUGAGAUUAUACCAGUCUACCCUCCCCCUCACGAUGAGCCUAUCUACGCUCAUGAGCACGACUCUAAGGGUCCUUGGCCUCAGCCUCAUGUGGAUGAAAGUCACGGUCAGAUUGGUGACGGUAAAGAUGGUCCUCCCCCUACCUACGGUCAUUCAGAGGACACUAAGGGCCCGUGGCCCAACCCCCACAACGACCAGUCUGACGCUCAGUCUCCUGAUGGUCCCGACGGUGAGCCUGUCGUUGCCCACACAGAUGAUACCAAGGGCCUCUGGCCCAACCCUCACGUCAACCAUGAGUAUGUUAAGGAGGGUGGACACGUUAUCCACCCUGCUCCUGAUUCUGGUCCCAACGACCUUCCAAAGGACUUUCAAUACUGGGGUCAAUACAAAAACUAG